GUGAGUGUGGUUGUUCUUCUACGUGGUCAAUAAAUUUACGUGAGCGAAGAAAAGUAAUUUUGUCACUUGCUGAAAGAUCAUCGUUUCUGUUCUGACUUUUAAGUUUGUUUAACAUAUCGCAACGGUGUAUAAAACGUGUCAAAUAAUUCGUCUAACUAGUGGUUCCACAAAAAUCUAGAAAAUAUUGUUCCAGCCUAACAGGGAUUGGCUGGAUACAGAACUGCUUCAUCCGGCUUCAUAGCCAGUCGGCCCGGCCACUACCGAUUGUCGAGCGUGAAAGAGAGAACGAAACAUCCCGUUGCACGUGUUCUGUUGAGCACUUGUGUGUUCCGUUCGUGUAAACAUCGUUGUCGUCAAAAAAUCACAGUUUGUUUCUGUCUGAGUUCGGGAUCCGAAACAUGCAAAGAUGGAUCUGUCGAUUUUUGUCGUAAUCCUUGUCGGGACACUUCUUUCUCUGCUUGGACUGCACUUUUUUCUGCUGAAACCUCUGUCCGGCAAGUCGUUUGAGGAGAUGCUGAAAGAGAAACGUGAGAUGCGAGAGAAGAUCUUAGGCGCCGGUGGUGCUAGCCUCAAGUCGUCUAAAGAUAAUGCCAACAAAAAGGCCAAGAAGGCCAACAAAAAACCACAACAACAAAAACAGAAAACCUCCGCUGUAGUGAAGGAAUCUGAUCAUGACUCGGGAGAAGUGGAAAGUGACUCUAAUUCGUCCGAGAGUCCGCUGGAAGAGGAGAUCAAUCCUUUAACCUAUGCGAAGAAGAAGGUCAAUCCUAGUGUGGAAUACGUCGAGACAGAAAGUUUCCCCCUGAACGAUGGCCAAGGAAAGAAAAAAGAUAAUAAACCAACCCAAGGAAAGAAAAAUAAGCAAAAGGGAGGUAUUCUGAUUAAUAAGGCUGAACCAGUCAUGGUGAAACAAGAACCUGCUCCUGAAAUCAAUCAUUUCGAUGUGACUCAUCCAAAAGAUGCAGUUGAAAUUGCUCGUCAGCAGGUCUCGCAGAAGGAAGAGGCGGCGAAAAUCAAAAUUCAACCAAAGGAACAACGUAAGAACAAAAACAAGGACCACACGAAACCAUUGCCGAAGACCAGCGCUGUAGAAGAGAUACCCAUUGUUCCUGUUGCAGCGCCCGUUAUCGUGGCGGAAGUUCCCAAAGUAGAAACUAAGCCUUUGACACAAUUGGUCAACAAGGAAAAAUCUAACAAAAAGAAGAAAAAUGAACUCAUUACUCAACAGUUGGCAGCCGAAGUGCAAGAUGCAGCCAAUGUUCAGGCAUUGGUUCGCAUUCUGGCAAAGGCAGAUCUUCCUCGUAAUGACAUUCAGAUACUUAUCGAUUUCCUACUAAACAAGCAACAGGACACGCUGACCAAGGAUCCAUCCGAAUGGAACGAUCCGUCCGAUCCAUUGCAGAAGCUCAAGAAGCAACUACAGGAGAAAGAAAAUCAGCUGCAGGAAGAGCACAAAGGUGCAGCCGGUUUGCAUGCAAAGCUUAAGGAACUACGCCAAGAAUUGAACAGUGACAAGGUGCAGCACAGCUCAAUCAUCAAGAGCUACAACGAGGAGUUGCAUGCUAAGCGCCUAGAGCAACAAAACCUUCAGCAGCAGUUACAAAUGCUGUCCGAAAAGUCUGCUGCCGAGAAGCAAUCACUUUCUCACCAGUACCAGCAACUGCAUGCGAAAUUCAUUCAACUUUCAAAGGAGCAUGCAACUGCGCAAGAGAAUGUGGCGACUAUUUCCCAGCUGAAUGAAAAUCAGCAGAUUCUACAGCGGGAGCUAAUUACCAAGGGCCAGCAGUUAAAUGAAAAACUGCAAAUCGAAGAGGAACUGCUGAAGAAAAACGCGGAAUAUGAGAUGCUACUUCGCAGUAAAGAUGAGUUGAUACAACAACGAGUGCAGGAUAUCGGUGCAUACGAGAAUGAACUGCAGCAGCUGCGCGUAGUUGCAAACCAGAAAGAUGAGCUGGUCAAAACCUGUCAGCAGCAGAGCUACGAACUGGAGCAGCUCAAAGCUCAGGUCGAUGAGCUGCAAGCGAAGCAAAAGCAGGCAGCCGCUGCGGUGGCAUCUGCGGCCGCCGUAAAAAAUCAAGUGGAAGAAAACAGCAAGGUGGAAAUCCGCAACCUCCAGAAUGCCUUAGACUCAAGUAAGACGGAACUUGUCGUUUGUCGUACCGACCUUGCUGACAGCAAAAAUAAACUUGUUGACCGGGAACAGCAGGCAACGGCAUUGCUUACUCGCUUGGACGAACUUCAGCAGGAGAUUGAGGAGCAGAAGGCAAGAAACAAUAACUUACGCAUGAAGAACUGGAAGCUGAUAGAAGCGCUACAAAUAGCUCAAAAUAACAUCACAAAAUCAAGUACUAACAAAAAUUCCAGUAGUAGAGUUGAACUGACAGAAUCUAGCAAGAAUUUGUCCAAUCAUGUGGACGAGCCGGUUGAGCCACCGACUCCAGCCGUUGACGUCGAUAAAGUAAUUCUGGAAGAACAGGGCAGAACCAAGGAUCUUCUGGUCAAACUGCUUCCAACAGAGAUUGUCUCGGCACUGCCACUAGAUGCAACCAACUUCUACAGCUGGUUGGAAGCCACCGUAACCUGCAUUCGGGAGCAGCAGGAGAACCUUCGUGUUUCUAGCGCUAGCAACAAUAGAAACAGUACCGAUACCGAAGUGUAUUUAAACUGCAAUAACAACACAAGUAGGAGUAGUAAUAGUACUAACAAUAACAAUAGUAGUUUAUACGAUAACAAUGAUGCCCACGACGGAGAUGACGAGGGCAAUAGCAGUAGUAAAAACGGUGCACCAGCAGUAUAUCCUGCCGAGGAUCCACAGGCUUUGGCGGCAAAAAAUGAGCAGCUGCAAAAGCAAAUAGAACAGUAUAAGCUAUUAAUAGCUGAAACUGAACUCAUGUUGAAAAAUCUAGAGUCGAAAGCAAGUGGAAGGGAUGUUGGUGCAAACGAAGGAUGAAGAACAGAACCUGCUCAAGUUGGUCAGUGUAUUACAAUAGUAUGAAUCGCGGUACUGAUGGCUGACCAACCUGAAUAAAAGAUAGUAUGCAGGAUGGUUGAUUCGACAAGGAAGAGUGAUAUAAAUGAAGAAAACAUCAUCGAGACCAUUGUUACGAGAGGAAAUCCUUAACCAAGGAAAAAACAUGGACUGUAGGCUCGAAGAACACAUCGGAAGUAUUUAUAGUGCAAACAAUUUACUGCUAGUGUUGUAUUCCAGAAAAAAAUCCGCGCUCGCCUAAACUCUCGGCAAACUGCGUCGCAUCACCUCAAGCAUCCAUUUGAUCUUUCUUUGUUCCACCAAACUAACACCAGCGAAAAACGUUAUUAGCCGACCUUGAAGUGUUUUUGUUACUUCCUCAUGUUGCAACGCAACUCUCCGGUUGGUGUUAUCAGUUCAAAACAAUUUUCCCUUUUUGACAAGAUACACUCCACUUAGAUCCGUUUUUAUUAUAAAUAUGAUUAAAUAAAAAGUAAAGCAUGGCCAAGAGAAAACCUUUGACGAUUUAUGCAGGAGGUUACAGUCAUUGUAAAUGGAACGAAUGCAUUAAUUUCGUAAGCUCAAAAGAUGGGACUCAGUACGGCAAUGGUCAUAAUCAAUAAAUUGUAUUGUAAAAUGUUCUACUGAUUUGCAUUUUUUCUACUGUCGUUGAUAAAUAUUUAUCAUUUCCUUCAGUAAAUAUUAUUUUAAAAUAUUAAAUUUGCAUUCGAGACGUUUCUAUUAUUAUUUAAUCAACUGUCAACUAAACAAGACUUAGAAAUGUAGAUUGAAAAGAUAAAUGCAAACAUACUCUUCUGGGGAUGGAAUAUCAGUGUAACAAAUAAAUUACACACAAUACGACCGCAUUUCCUGGAAUGCAAGCCAGGCUAGAAACAAAUCAGAACAAUUCGUACGAAAACAAUCUUUACUCUUAAUAAACACAACCACAUCGUCUGGCUGCAUACCAAUCUAUGUUCUAUUAUGUAGGUCACUAGUUCUCAUAUUUCGACAUUAUUAUGAACUGAUGUUUCAGGAACAA